AUGGCUUCAAUGCUGGAGUUUCGUACGCCGGGCUUCAACCCGUACGCCGUCAAGUACUCGCCCUACUACGACUCGCGCAUAGCUGUCGCAUCGGCCGCGAACUAUGGCAUCGUGGGCAACGGCCGGCUGUUCUGCCUGGCCUUGGGGCCACAGGGUAUCCAGAUCGAGAAGACCUUCGACACGAAUGACGCCCAGUAUGACCUCGCCUGGUCCGAAAUCAACGAGAACCAGCUGUUGGUCGCGUGCGGCGACGGGUCCGUCAAGCUCUACGACAUCAAAGUCAACGAGUUCCCUGUCAUGAACUUCCAUGAGCACAAGCGGGAGACCUUUUCAGUAGCGUGGAGUCCUGUGACUAAAGACACUUUCGCUUCCAGUUCGUGGGAUGGGACGAUAAAGAUUUGGUCGCCAGCCAGAAAAGAAGCCCUCAGAACUCUCCCGGUCGGGAACUGUACCUACAGCACAUCCUAUUGCCCCUCGAAUCCUAAUAUUGUAUCCGCCGUGUCGACCGACUCGCAUCUGCGCAUAUUCGAUCUGCGAACGCCCGUAAAUGCCCAGUAUCAUCUCACAACCAAGAUACCGGUCCACCAACCACCGCCAUUUCCGUUACCACCCGGCGUAGCACCGCCUGCCAUGCCUGCCGAGAUCUUGACCCACGAUUGGAACAAAUACAGAGACACAAUCAUUGCGACAGGCGGCGUGGAUCGCGUAAUACGGACAUUCGACAUCAGGAAUCCCUCCGCCGGGCCCGCGUCUCUGAUCAUGGGCCACGAGUAUGCCGUCAGGAGGCUCGCGUGGAGCCCGCAUGCUGCCGAUAUUUUGCUCAGUGCCAGUUACGACAUGACAGUGCGGUUAUGGACCGACGGGUCAACCAUGGCUACCGACCACGCCUACCCUGUCAGGCCAGGCGUGCAACUCGGGUUGAUGAACAGGCAUACGGAAUUUGUCACUGGUGUUGAUUGGUGCCUGUUCGGUGUUGGUGGCUGGGUUGCGACUGUUGGCUGGGACGAGAGGCUGCUGUUGUGGGAUGCUAACCAGAUGUUGCGGGGGAAGACGUAUUGA